AUGGUUUUGAAAAGAAUAGUACAAUCAAAGGGAGAGGCUGCAGAAUGGAGGAUACUUCCAGUGGUAAAUUUCAGUGUUGGAGUAAGCUUUCAAGAUGAUAAGGUUUCAAGGAGCAUGAUAGAGAAAGUCUGGAAUAAUGGCCCAUUUACCAUCCGCCAUGAAAACAGUGACAAAUGCCUUAAAACUGCCAGUGGUUGGGUAGUAGCAGUGGACUGCAAGAAGACCAGUGACAUGCAGUGGAAGUGGGUAUCACAACAUCGCCUCUUCCACGUGGAAUCCCAGAUGUGCCUUGGAAUAGAUAUUGCCAAACCUAAAGAUUCCUUGAAAAUGUUCACUUGUGAUUCCAAUGCUAUGUUAUGGUGGAAAUGUGAGUAUGGUACUUUAUACGGUGCUUCCCAGUACAGAUUGACUCUGAAGGAUGGACAAGUCACUGCAAAUGUAAAUGCGUCUGAUACUUGGAAGAAAGGAGACUCCAAUGAAUACCUUUGUGAUCAGCCUUACCAUGAAAUAUAUACCCGAGAUGGAAACUCUUAUGGGAAGCCUUGUGAGUUUCCUUUCUUAAAUGAUAAUGUCUGGCAUCAUGAAUGCAUCACUGAUGAAGAUCAUAAAGGGGCAUGGUGUGCUACAUCCUUAAAUUAUCCAUAUGACCAGAAAUGGGGAAUUUGCCUAAAAGCAGAGGAUGGCUGUGAAGAUAAUUGGGAAAAGAAUGAUCAAUUUGGAAGUUGCUACCAGCUUAAUACCCAGGCAUCCCUUACAUGGAAGGAAGCAUUUGUUUCAUGUCAAAAUCAAGGAGCAGAUUUAGUAAGCAUAUCAAGUGCGGAUGAAUUAAUUCUUCUUAAAGACAAAGAGGGGAUUCCAAAAAUGUUCUGGAUUGGAUUAAAUCAACUAGAUUUUUCAAAAGGUUGGGAAUGGUCUGAUCACACCCCGUUAAAUUUUCUCAACUGGAAUCCAGAAAUUCCCAGUUCGCCUACAAUAGGUGGCUCAAGUUGUGUAAUAAUGAAUGCUGAAUCGGGGCAAUGGCACAGUUUUCCAUGUGAAGCUCAAUUCCCCUAUGUCUGCAAGAAACAACUGAAUGAAUCAUCAACGUCAUCAGAUGUUUGGACAUAUUUAGAGACCCAUUGUGAUCCAAGCUGGCUACCAAACAAUGGAUUUUGCUAUCUUCUGGUAAAUGAAAGUAGUUCCUGGGAUGAAGCAAAUGCAGAAUGCAUAUCCAAUCACAGUAAUCUAAUCAGCAUGCAUUCUUUAGCAGAUGUGGAGUUUGUUGUCAGAAAGCUCCAUGAAGGAGAAACCAAAGAAGAAAUAUGGACAGGUCUUAAGAAUAAUGCUACACCAGCUUUAUUUAAGUGGUCAGAUGGCACUGAAGUAACUCUUACUUACUGGGAUCAAAAUCAGCCUGAUGUUCCCUACAAUAAAACUCCUAACUGUGUUUGCUAUUCAGGAAAGUUAGGUCACUGGAAAGUCCAAUCCUGUGAAAAGAAACUCAAGUAUGUAUGCAAGAAAACAGGAAAGACAGUCAACGAAACAAAAUUGGAUAAGGAUUGUCCUCAAGAAGAGGGCUGGGAGAGGCAUGGAGAAGCUUGUUAUAAGAUAUAUAAAGAUGAGGUUCCCUUUGGAACUCAUUGCAAUCUCACUAUAACUAACAGAUUUGAGCAAGAAUUCUUAAACAGCAUGAUUAAAAAGUACAGUAAAGGUGAAGGAAAAUCCUUUUGGACUGGCUUGAGAGAUGAAGAUUCAAGAGGGGAGUAUAAAUGGGCAAGUGUAGAUGGGAGAAGGCCAGUUAUAACCUUUGUAAACUGGAAUUCUCUUGAGCCAGCUUCACCUGGUGGAUGUGUGGUUCUUGCAAGUGGAAAAUCACUUGGUAAAUGGGAGGUCAAGGAUUGUAGAACCUUCAAAGCACUUUCUAUUUGCAAGAAAAGAAUUGGGCCUUCAGAGCAUGAGGAAGCAAUUCCUAAACCUGAUGAUCCCUGUCCCAGUGGAUGGCACAGUUUACCAACAGGGCUUUCCUGUCAUAAGCUAUUUCACAAAGAGAGAGUUGCAAGAAAAAGAACUUGGGAAGAGGCUGAAAGAUUCUGCCAAGCACUUGGAGCACAUCUUCCUAGUUUUAACCAUAUGGAUGAGAUGAAGGAAUUUCUUAGUUUUCUAAAGAGCCAAGUGAGUGAUGAGCGUUGGAUAUGGGUAGGAUUAAAUAAAAGAAGUCCAGAUUUUCAAGGAUCUUGGCAAUGGAGUGACAGUACACCGGUAUCUACUGUGGUCAUAUCAAAUGAGUUUCAGGAAGAUUAUGACAUCAGAGAUUGUGCUGCUUUCAAAGUCAGCCAAAUGCAGUGGAGAAGACGUUGGCAUUUGUAUGAAAAUAGAGACUUGAUUAUUUACUUAAAACCUUUUGCUUGUGAUAUAAAACUUGAAUGGGCAUGCCAGAUACCCAAAGGACAUACACCGAAGACACCAGAGUGGUUCAACCCUGAUCGGGCUGGAAUUCAUGGGCCUCCCGUUGUUAUUGAAGGCAGUGAAUAUUGGUUUGUUCCUGAUACUCACUUGAACUUUGAUGAAGCAGUCCUAUAUUGCAAAAGUAAUCAAAGCUCUCUUGCUUCUUUGAAGUCUCUCACAGCACUAAAUGCCAUCCGAUACAAAAUGGUGAAUCUAUCUAAUGAUCAACAGAAGUGGUGGAUUAAAACUCUUGAUAACUUUGGAAGUUAUCAUGAUAUGAGAUUUCAUGCAUGGCCUCGUUUUUCUAUGGUAUAUGAAAAAGAGUGCUGGUACAUCUCUUCCAAGAAUUGGUUUAAAGAUUUAUACAAACCAGCUGACUGCAGACUGAAGCUUCCCUUCAUAUGUGAAAAAAAUAAUGUAUCUUCAUUAGAGAAAUAUACUCCACAAUCAGCAUCUAAAGUCUCGUGCUCUGGGGAAUGGAUUUCAUUUAAGGACAAGUGUUUCCUAAAGCUUAAACCAAAGCUUUUUACAUUUUUUAAAGCUAAAGAAGCUUGUCAUACCUAUGGUGGUAGCCUUCCUUCAGUUCUGAGCCAGAGUGAGCAAGAUUUUAUUACAUAUUUACUUCCUGAGUUGGGAGAUAAUGUUUGGAUUGGUUUGUUCAGAAGCACUACAACAAAGAUAAGCCAAUGGACUGAUAAUAACAAACUGUUGUACAGUAAUUUCCACCCAUUAUUGCAGGGAAGGGAGCAAAAGAUACCAUUGGAUUUUUUUGAUGACGAUGCAAACAACCAUUGUGCUGUGAUGCUCAACCUUCAGAAUUCAUCUUUAACCGGGACAUGGAAUUUAACUUCCUGUAAAGAAGAACAUAAUUUAUCUCUUUGUCAAAAAUAUUCAGAAAUUCAAGACAAUCAUCCAUUGCCAAAUACCUCUGGAAUUAUAAAGUAUCAAGAUUAUUCAUACAAAAUAAUCCUGAAAGCAAUGACUUGGUAUGAGGCUCUGAAAGAGUGCCAAAAAGAGGGCAUGAAGUUAGUGAGCAUCACAAAUCCUUAUCAACAAGCUUUCCUUACUGUGCAGACUGUUCUCAAUAAUGUUUCCUUGUGGAUUGGACUCUCAAGCCAAGAUGAUGAACUCAACUAUGGCUGGUCAGAUGGAAAACAUUUCAGCUUUAGCCGCUGGUCUGAAAAUAGUGCACAACUUGAAGACUGUGUAAUUUUGGACACUGAUGGUUUCUGGAAAGCUGCUGGUUGCAAAGGCAUCCAAGCGGGUGCUAUCUGUUAUACCUCAGGAAAUGAAUCAGAAAAAGAGUUAAAGAAAGUUAACACUGUUAAAUGUCCAUCUCCUAUUCUCAAUACACCUUGGAUACCAUUUCAGAACAGUUGCUACAAUUUCAUGAUUGCCAAAAAUAGGUUCCUUGCAAUAACAAAUGAUGAAAUACAAGUUAAAUGUCAGAAUCUACAUCCAAAGGCACAUGCUCUGAGUAUUCGAAAUGAAAAAGAGAAUGACUUUGUUCGUGAACAGCUUCUGUACUUCAAUUAUAUGGCUUCGUGGGUAUUGUUGGGUGUAACUUAUGAUGAUGGUUCUUUGAAGUGGUCUGACAAGACUGCCCUAUCCUAUACAAACUGGAAAACAGGAAGACAGACAAUAAAAAACAAGGAAUUUUUUGCUGGCUUGAAUACUGAUGGCUUUUGGGAUAUCUACCCUUAUAAUACUGUUGGAGAAGCUCUUUAUUUUCACCAACGCAGCAUUCUUGCUUGUAAAAUUGAAAUGGUUGACUACAAGGAAGAAUACAAUCGUACUCUGCCACAAUUAAUUCCAUAUGAAGAUUCCAUAUAUAAUGUUGUUCAAAAAAAGGUCACGUGGUAUGAAGCAUUGAAAGAAUGUUCCCAAAAUGAGGGCUCCUUAGCAAGUGUGCAUGACAAAAAUGGUCAGUUAUUUUUGGAGGAUCUUGCAAAACGUGAUGGAUUUCCAUUAUGGACUGGAUUGUCAAGUCAUGAUGGAAGUAAUUCAAUUUUUGAAUGGUCUGAUGGAAGCACAUUUGACUAUAGUCCAUGGAAGGAACAAAAUUCUACGGGAAAUUGUGUUGUCUUGCAUCCCAAUGGAAUUUGGAAGUAUGAAAAGUGCAGUUCUGUUAUGGAUGGUGCUAUUUGUUAUAUACCUAAAAAAGCUAAACAGCAACCUUUUCAAAAAUCCUCAUCACGGUGUCCAUCCAAAGGGACCCUAUGGAUUCCAUUUGGAGAUUCCUGUUAUACAUUUGACAAGGCAUUAUACAAUUUCUCUGAGGCCAAACAACUGUGUCCAGAACUUGAUAGUGCAGCAACCAUUGUUACCAUAAAAAAUGAAGAUGAGAAUAUGUUUGUGAGCAGAAUGAUAAGAGAGCAUAAUUAUGUCACGAUGAGAGUUUGGCUUGGAUUAUCUCAACACUCUAAUGAUGAGUCUUGGAGCUGGUUGGAUAAUUCAGUAGUAGAAUAUGUCAAAUGGGGAAAUGAAAGUAAGAACAUUGGUGGAAAUUGUAGCAUUUUGCUGGCCUCAAGUGAAAUGUGGACUAAAGUUAAAUGUGACCAAGGUUAUGGAAGAGUUGUCUGCAAAGUUCCUAUGGGAACAAACUACAGAGCAGCUGCUAUCACCAUUGCUGUUAUACCUUUCUUAGUCUUUGUCUGUGUUCUGAUUUGGUGCUUCUACCAAAAGAAACGUUUUCACUGGGCUGGCUUCUCCUUGGUGCGCUUUGACCACGGAGUGGAUGAAGAUGAGAUUGUGCUUCCAUCAUUCCAGGACUGAAUUAUUCUAAAAAUUUAUCGAUCUUGUCAUUUGUUAAAGAAAAGUACAUUUUCAAACUUUCAAGGAGCAUGAUGUCUAUUUCACCAGGACCAAAUUUAAAGCCUUUAGGAAUAUUUUAGGUCUUGAAAGUUUGGUUGAUUAUUUUUUUAUUAAUAUUCAUACUCAGUCACAUGCCAUUUUUUAUUAUUUUAAUUAUUAGAAUGGUGAGAUGGAAUGAAAAUGCAAAUGAAUAUGCAAAUAAAAGAUCGUUUAGUGGGCAUUUAAACUGACCAUGUCACAACAUAGGAAACAGAAUAUAUAAGAAAACAAAUGAAUACUAUUGUGCUAGGUCAUACAUCUCUAAUUGGUGGAAAAAGUGAAGGUAGAAGUUAUGUUAUAUUAGAACUUUCUGUCUUGUGGACAAUGCAGUUUCCCAUUUGUUCAAUCAUAUUACAACAGGUAUAUUCUGAUUAUGUAGAACAAAGUAUAUGAUCAGAAAACAACCAAAUUUAAAUAUUUAAAUUUAAUUUAAAAUCUUAAUUAUUUAAAAAAAAUUAAAGAUGGCCAGAGAGGAGUGUUGUUUUUCCUUUAUCCUUUGCCUAAGUUAGGCUGGGAAAUAGCAUUUAAGGAGAGGGAGAAGGGGAAAGAGGGAGUAACUAAUUUUUUUUUCUAAUGUGAAACCAUGAGAAAUAUUGAUUAAUACCUGCUUGUCAACUUUUAACAAACUGCUACUUAUACUACACGUUUUGAUUAUAACUAACACUUCUUUCCUCUCAAAAAUUAAUUUCUUAUUCAUAAUUUUGCUUGGAAUGACGCAGCUUCUCACCUUAAAAAAGCUUUGGUUCUUAAUUUCCUGAAGUAUGGGGAGAAAAACACUAUUUUCAAGUUAGAUGGGCAUUCAAUUCACCCCAUUACUGUGAACAGUGUUUUUAUGUAAUUGUUCAUGUGCUGAAGGUCAUUGUUUCCCAUUAAAGGGAACCAAGUAAAGCAGCAACUGGAAAAUGAGACAUGAUAUACCUCACUGGGCUAAUUUUUAACUAAGAUAAUUUUGACUGAGACUGGUUUCUUAUCUUUCUACUACCAAAGAAGAACUAGGGAUAUCAAUGGACAAGCAUUUAUUAAAUAUUUAUAAUGUGCCAGAAGCUGUGUUAAGCACUGGUUAUAGAAAGACAAAAGCAGUGUUUGCUCCUAAGGAGCUUCCAUUCUAAUUAGGGAGAAGGAAACAUGUAAAUAAGUAGCUGGUACAUACAAGACAAUCUUAAGGGGAAAGUAGGGCAAUGAAGAUGAAUGGGACUGAUUGAGUCACAUGAUCCCUGUUCCCAGAACUGGAACCCUGGGGGGGUCAUAUGAUCUCUGGAGAGAUGAAUUUUAACCCCUGGGAUACAGGAAGUUGCAGGAAGUGACAAGCCCUGUCGAAGGCAGCCAACAUUGGUGACCAUUGGUCAAGGAUGAUUCCGUCUUUUUAGUCUAUCCAAUGAGCCGGGAUGGCUCCCGGAUGUAUCUGGGCCUCUCCCUGCAGGGACUAACGCUUUCUCUUUGUACUUGAAGAUGUCUCUGAUUAGUUAAUUGGGAAAGGGGGUCUUGCACCCGUCCCACACACACAAGGAGAAUAAUGGAUGUAUCCUAUACCUGUGAACAUAGAUUUUUAAAUUGAGAUUUAAAAUUAUUACAAUUCCUAUCAUGAUGUUUAAUAUGAUUUAUCUAGGAACAUUAAUUUUCUACAGUUAAUGCUAUAACAUUGUCUAAUUUGGAAUCUAGUUCUAAUGAUGGCACCCUCUAGAAAUGCUAAUUUUGUAUAAAUGUUUUAUUCAGUAUUCUACUUAUAAAUAUUUGUACUUCGGAGAAUUUUUGUAUACAAAUAUUCAUAGUUUUAUUUUAUCGCUUACUCCCAAGGCUAUUAAAUUAUGUUAAAGUUGUGAAUAGUUUUCUAAGUCUUAAUAUAUUCUUCAAAUAUCUUGUUUUAUUGGAAUAAACAAAUGCCUUAAGUCCAUUAUACCAGUUUCUUCACCCUAGAAAUUGUACAAUAUAGCAACUGAGUCCAUAUCAUUAAAAGAGUUAAGACAAUGUAUUUAUGGGAGAUGUAUAAAUUUGUACAAUAACAAGUGCCUUAAGUUUUUUUUUUUAAUAAAAACAAUUGGAAUUUUUGAGGAAA